GAGGUCCAACAGGGAGUUGAUUCACUCACUCACACACACACACUCGUGCGCACACGUUAGCACCUGCACAAGUGUUUUUAAGCGGCACACGCAGGUGGAAAGUGUACCUUUGGAUACAACAUGGAGGGAGAAUUAGCCAUCAUAGAGUAUUUACAUGACACAGACGUAUAUUCGCACUGGUCAGGAAAAGUAAGACAAUAGUCCCACACAAGACUUGACACUAUCCAAUCGGUCCAAAGGAGCAGGAGGGAGAACCGAGGGAUCGGAACGCUGGAGCUCAAGGAUAAGCCAUGGACACUGCGUGCAUCCCGACACACCUGGAGGUCCACCAUGCUCCUUGCUAACCUCCUGCUCCUCAUGGUCCUGCCGCUACCUCAAGCCUCGUCCGGUGGCCAGGGUGACACCGGCGAGGCCGACAAUGGCAGGUUAGCCGGCACGUCGCCCGCCACCUCAGAGCCCCCGCCGCCGCCGCCGCCGACCGGGUCUCCCCUGGAGCCCAACUUGGCUCAGACCAUCCAGAGUCUCCUGCUGAGCCGCCUGGGCCUGCAGUCGCAGCCCAACCCUCGUCCCGGCGUGCCCAUCCCUCGGUACCUCAUGGAUCUGUACCGCUUCCACCAGCAGCAGUACCACCUGCUGGAGGACCCCGCUUUCAGCUUCCCCAGCCAGCACGUGCAGCAGGCCAACACCGUUCGCAGCUUCCACCACACUGAGCCCCUCACAGCAGAGGACCCGAAAUGGGCGCACAUCUCCUUCAACAUCUCCUCCAUCCCCUUAGAAGAGAAGGUGCUCUCGGCUGAGCUCCGCCUCCUACGAUCGGCCAGGACCGCCUCAUUGGGCCCCGGACUCCAUAGACUGAACCUGUACCUCUCUGGGCACCGGCAGGAUCCCCGACCCACCCUGCUAGAAAGCAGACUCCUCACCGCUGAGCCUCAAAGUCAUGCAACCGGCAGCCUUUGGGAGACCUUCAGCCUCAAGGCGGAACUCUUCGAUUUGGCUGUGAACGAAGCGGACCGCCUUGGUUUCCUCCUGGAAGUGGUAUCGGAGAACAGCACCGGUCAGGGGGAAGGGGAGCCACAUAAGGGGGGGCACUUGAGGGUUUGCAGGUCGGUGGGGCAGGACGAGCACACCUGGGCCCAGGAGAGACCCCUCCUGGUGACGUAUAGCCACGACGGGCGCGGAGAACCUUUGGUCAAGCACGGUAGGAGGAACGUCGGCGGGGCGCCUCGGAAAAGCUGGAAUAGAGACCAAAAGCGGGGCCGGGAUAAAACGUAUCAAACGCCGAGCUGGGGGGGUCAAACGGGCAGGGUGAAACGAAACGGAGGUCGCGCGGCCAAGCUCAAGCGCCUCUCCCGCAACCGCUGCCGCCGCCAUCCCCUCUACGUGGAUUUUAACGACGUGGGCUGGCACCAGUGGAUCAUCGCGCCCAGCGGCUACGACGCCUUCUUCUGCCUGGGCGAGUGCCGCUUUCCCCUGGCCGAUCACAUGAAUUCCUCCAGCCACGCCAUGGUGCAGACCUUGGUCAACUCGGUCAACGGCGCCGUGCCGAGGGCCUGCUGCGUGCCCACCUCGCUCAGCCCCAUCGCCCUGCUCUACCUGGACCCCCAGGACCGUGUGGUGUUGAAGAAUUACCAGGACAUGGUGGUGGAAGGUUGCGGGUGCCGAUAGCGUGGGGAGCAGAAACUGUCCGGGUAGGAAGAUGAUGGCGGGAUGACGAGGAAAUGCGAGGGAAAAUCUCACCCUAAGUCCGAAAACGUCGCGCCGCUUUUCCGUUGUAUGGUACCGCAAAAUGUUCGCUUUCCACUGAGUGCAGGCAAAAUGGAGACGGUAGAGUUGAACAGCUAAAAUGGGGUACACGUAUAUAUCACUAACAGGACCAAAUUUGAGCAUUUUGACCCCCCCCCCCCCCCCCCACUGUUAUCAAAGGUCAAAAUAUCAGAUGUCUUCAUUUCCCCCCUCAUCGAUGUUUAAAAAAAAAUCGGUAGGCAGUUGUUUUCUAAUAACAGCGAUCUAAAAAAAAAAAAGCCUCACCAGUGAGCAGGUAUCGUGGAGUUGGAAAACGGGGCAACGCUCGACUUUGUUUUGCAACAGUGAUAGACAGCGGCGAUCAAAGCAUCUUCCCAAAAAACUACUAAGAGGAAGGCUGAGGUCGUGUCACCAGCUAUUUAAAUACGAAAACACAUCAACGAUGCCGAGAAAGAAAAUACAGCGCUCUCGUUCUGAAUGUACUCCAUUAUUAUUUAAAAACCAAAAACAAAAAAAAAACUUUCCUUUGCAGACGUGAAGAUGAUCCAUAUCAAUCUGCUAACUUAAAAAAUGUAUUUAAAGGCUGCAGCGUUGCGGUGUAUUUAAUCUUGGUGGUAUUUAAGAUAAGAUGCACACUCACAUGAAGUAAGUUAUGGCUGCUUUACAUGUUUGUGAUUUAUGUCAGCUGAGCAACAUUCACAACAUAAGUGGUGUCCACUAACAAACCUGUGUGUUGCGUAUGAGUGUGUGUUGUGACUUCGGGGUUGUGUAGACUUGACUUCGCCACAAUGACCUAGCGUCAAAUAGUCGCUCAUAGUGGAUUGGAUCGAUUUGUUGAAUCGUCAACACCAUGACGAUUAUGAGGUCGACUAGUCGCUAAUGGGGUUGAACAGAGUAAUCGCCGAGUCGGCGAGUUGUCUUUACUAUUCCAUCAGGUUUAUCGGGAGGUCAUAAUAGAUGAUUAGUUGACUAGUCCACAAGUUGACUGUACAAUGCUAACGAGGGCUAGCCAAUUGGUUUAUUCAUCCACAAAGAUGUUUAUGGCGUGAUGUUGACAAGUCGCUAAUAAGUUUUCAACCUAGUCGUCGAAAUGUUGACUUUACUGAUUUAAACCUUGAAGUCGACUAAUCACGACUCAAUAGUCAUGUGAUUUUAGAUUGAGGACUAGGUUGAGCAGUUUGCUGCAACGAAUGUGAUUUUUUUUUUUCUUAAUUAUACGACUAUAUGGCUUCACCGAUGACAUCAUCAGUGACUUGUCGACAUCCACUAGGCUUUCAUCACGAUAGUAUUGAUUCGAAAAAGUCUGAAGUUUGAGCAACCCCUUGUGCAAGUGUGUGAGUGUAUGUGUGCGUGUGUGUGUGUUGUCGCUGCUAUCGAAGUGGUCUCGUCUGCAUGCACCCAACAGCAAAAGAAAAAAAAACUAUGAUGACACAUUUUUGUGCCUUUCAAAACGACGUGUUGUUUUUCCAGUGUCGCAUUCUCCUCUCACUUUGUGAAAACAUCGACGCAGCAACAGCAGCAGCAGCAGCAGCUUGUAAAAUGUUCAGAAUAUGACUCCUAAUAAAGAAAAACAAACAGAA